GGAUCUUCUAUGGCGUUUUCAGUUUUUGAGGGAGAAGAAGUUCAAACAAACAAUACCGAGUGUGAAGAUAGAGAAUGGGGAGGAAAUAAGUGAUGAAAAAGUUGGUAAUACUGUAAGAAGGGCAACACAUUAUCUAUCGGCUUUACAGUCAAAACAUGGUCAUUGGCCUGCUCAAAUUGCUGGAUGUCUCUAUUUCAUGCAACCUCUGGUCUUUUGUAUGUAUAUCACUGGCCAUCUUGAUGAUGUGUUCCCGGAAGAGUAUAGAAAAGAGAUCCUUCGAUAUCUGUACUAUCACCAGAAUGAAGAUGGAGGAUGGGGACUACACAUACAGGGACACAGCAUCAUGUUUUGUACUGUGCUGAGUUAUAUAUGCAUGAGAAUGCUCGGAGAAGGACCUGAUGGAGGUGAAGACAAUGCCUGUCUUAGAGCACGAAAAUGGAUUCUUGAUCACGGUGGUGCCACCUAUAUACCCUCAUGGGGAAAGACUUGGCUUUCAAUACUUGGAUUGUUUGACUGGUCUGGAACAAAUCCAAUGCCACCAGAGUUUUGGCUUAUUCCAUCGUUUCUUCCAGUGCAUCCAGCUAAAAUGUGGUGUUAUUGCCGCUUGGUUUACAUGCCCAUGUCUUAUUUGUAUGGGAAAAGAUUUGUGGGUGCGAUCACACCACUUAUUCUUCAACUCAGACAAGAACUCCAUGUUGAUCCUUACCAUGAAAUUAAUUGGAAUAAAGCUCGUCGCCUUUGUGCAAAGGAAGAUCUUUACUAUCCUCAUCCCUUGAUACAAGAUUUGAUAUGGGAUAGUUUAUAUAUAUUCACUGAGCCACUUCUUACUCGAUGGCCCUUCAAUAAGUUGGUGAGAGAGAAAGCUCUUCAAGUAACAAUGAAGCAUAUUCACUAUGAAGAUGAAAAUAGUCGAUAUAUAACAAUUGGAUGUGUUGAAAAGUGCUUGUGUAUGCUUGCUUGUUGGGUUGAAGAUCCAAAUGGAGAUGCUUUUAAGAAGCAUCUUGCAAGGGUUCCUGAUUAUAUCUGGGUAUCAGAAGAUGGAAUUACCAUGCAGAGUUUUGGAAGCCAAGAAUGGGAUGCUAGCUUUGCUGUUCAAGCUGCCACAAACCUAGUUGACGAAAUUGCUCCUACACUUGCAGCUGGACAUGACUUCAUCAAGAAGUCUCAGGUUAAGGACAAUCCUUCUGGUGAUUUCAAAAGUAUGUAUCGUCACAUUUCCAAAGGGUCAUGGACUUUCUCUGAUCAAGACCAUGGAUGGCAAGUUUCAGAUUGCACUGCAGAAGGCUUGAAAUGUUGUCUUCUUUUAUCAAUGCUACCACCAGAGAUUGUAGGUGAAAAGAUGGAACCUGAAAGACUUUAUGAUUCUGUCAACAUCCUAUUGUCACUUCAAAGUAAAAAGGGCGGUUUAGCUGCAUGGGAGCCAGUUAAAGCUUAUGAUUGGUUGGAAGUGCUGAAUCCGACAGAAUUUUUCCAAGACAUUGUAGUUGAACAUGAAUAUGUAGAAUGCACAGGGUCAGCAAUUCAAGCUUUAAUGUUGUUCACAAAGCUAUAUCCAGGACAUAGGAAGAAAGAGAUUGAGAGUUUCAUAGAGAAAGCUGUGAGAUUCAUUGAAGAAACACAAAUAGAGGAUGGUGGAUGGUAUGGGAACUGGGGGGUUUGCUUUACUUAUGGCACUUGGUUUGCAUUAGGUGGCCUUGCUGCUUUUGGUAAGACUUACAAUGAUUGUGUUGCCAUUCGCAAAGCUGUGAAUUUUCUUCUCGCUGCACAAGGUGAUGAUGGUGGCUGGGGAGAGAGCUAUCUUUCAAGUCCCAAAAAGAAAUAUAUUUCACUUGAAGGCAACAGAUCAAAUGUGGUACAUACAGCAUGGGCUAUGAUGGGUUUAAUGCAUGCUGGACAGGCUGAGAGAGAUCCAACACCUCUUCAUCGUGGAGCAAGAGUCCUAAUCAAUGCUCAGUUAGAGAAUGGAGAUUGGCCGCAACAAGAAAUUACUGGGGUAUUCAUGAAGAAUUGCAUGCUACAUUAUCCAAUGUACAGAAAUAUUUAUCCACUUUGGGCUCUCGCAGAAUAUCGCAGGCGCGUUACCAGCUUGCACUCUAAAGUUCAAUAAAUUAUAAUGUGUGUGUGUGUGAAGCGAAAUGCACGCACAAGUCCUCAUUAGAGUGUUCAUCACAUACUCUGAAGUUAGUGCCUUUGAAAACUUAUGAAGUUGAACCCUAAAGUAUAUCUCAUUAUGCCGUGCAGACAUUUUAAUAAACAUAAUCGUUGAAUUU